AUGGCAGCCUCCUCGUCCUCAAACCCCAACCGGUUCUCCUUCCGCAACCCGUUCCAAUUCUUUAUUUCCUCUUCCUCUUCUUCGACAGACAACGACAGCGGCAACAAGAAGGAAAGCAGCAGCAACAGCCGACCAACCAGCAGAAGACUAAGCAGACCCAGCUCCCCUACUUCCUCAAGCUUCUGGUCAUCCCUCUACCGAAAGACAUCCUCUACCUCAACCAACACCGCAAUGUCCACCACCACCUCCGCCGUAUCGGACACCACCACCGCCGCCACCACCACCACCACCACCCCACCAACCCUCUCCUCCUCCCCCGCCACCUCAACAGACAGCUACUUUCCCCCCGUCACCACCCCUCUCACCCCCCUCGACAACAACAACAACAACCUCAACAACAACAACAACAACCUCAAGCCUGCUGCUACCCUCACCCAAUGCCACAAUUGCGGCUCAACCACCUCCCUCGCCAUUCCUACCGCCACUCCCCCCGCCGCACCAAAGAGGACAGCCACAACCCCCAUAAUUCACGUCCAACCCCCCGUCCCGGGCCGCAAGCAAAUCAGAGUCGACCCCCUCUCUACCCAAUUCCCCAAGCCGGCCGCCGAGUUGAGCGUGGAGGAGCUCCUGGCCAGAAAGCCAGGCCGGUGGACGCUGACGCAGUGGGUGGAGAAGCAAAAGCUGGUUGAUCAGCAAGAGGAGGAGAGGGAGAGGAGAAAGGUGCAGGAGGAUGCCGAGAAGAGGAGGAGGGAGAUGGAGGAGGUGAAGAGGGAGUUGAGGGCUUUGGCUAGUGGGUUGUGA